AUGUUUCAUGAAUUUCUAUAGGAGUUGGGUACUUUAAAAAAUUCAGAGCUACCCUUUCCAUUUAGAAAUCAAUUCAAAAUAAAAGAAAACUUUAUCAAUCCGAAUAGCAAACAUUUCGAUUCUAUUGCUCAAAAGUAAAUUUUUAUUUUAAAAUUACUUAGAUUAUUAUCAUAAGAAAAAGCAAGUAUAAAACGUAAAUGGGAUAAAUAAUGUAAAAUGAUGUUCAUUUGGAUAUUGGGCAAGUUUUUUUAAUUGAAAAAUAAGAAAACUAUCAAUCCAACUCAAGAUGAAUGGGAAUAAUUAUCAAAUAUACUAAAAAUUGAUGAAAUAACAAUAAAAUAAAGAUGGAUUACUCUUAUAAAUCCAGUUUCUAAGAGUAUCAAUUGGGAUACAGAGGAGGAUGAAAUCAUAAGAUCACUUAUGAAGUAUUAAAUAUUAAUAAUUUUAAUAAGCGAUUCAGAUGAAAAGCAUAUUUGGACACAUAUAGCUUUAGAAUUGUAUAAUUAAAACAAUGGAUAAUACAUCAGAACUCCAAAAUAGGUUAGAGAAAGAUGGAUGAAUUAUUUAAAUCCAAAACUUAAAAAGUAUAUAGAAAUAUAAUAAAUCAAUAGAACAAAUUGGAGCUAAUAAGAGGAUCUCCAAUUAUUGAAUAUGGUAGUCUAGAAUGGAAAGAGAUGGUCUUUGAUUUCCAGUCUUUUAGAUGGAAGAACUGAAAAUCAAGUUAAAAACAGGUAGUGAUUAUAAAUUCUUAAAUUAGAUUUAAGAGUUUAAUACAAAAGAUUUAUAAAGAUGAAGAUGUUGAUGAUAUUGAAGAAUUAUAAGCCAUAAAAGAGUAUUUGAAUAAGCAGAAUGUGUAAUAAAUUUAGGAACCAUAAAAAGAAGAGUCAUAAAUUAGAAUAACUUAUUUAAGAUAGGUUAAAAAUAAAACAAAUCAAAAAUAAUAAUUUAAUAAAAUUGAUGAGAUAGAACUUCGAAAAAAGAAAAGAAAAACAAAAAAGGAUGUAUAAUAGAUUGAUUAAUAAGAACCUAUCAAAAUAUAAAAGGAUUCUUUAUCAAUAUUAAAAUUAUAGGAUAAUAAAUUAAAAUUAAAAGAAGAAGAAAUCGCUUAGGAGAUUUAAGUAGAAUUACAAUAAUAAUAAUAAUCUUUAUAUGAUCAAUAAUUAAAAAUGCAAUAGCAAAUCUAAUCAUAAUUUUUGAAUGAAAAUAAUAAAAAAGAGCUUUCUACUCCUAAUACAUUAUAUUAUAAUAUUUAACCCUCAUUUUAAAAGAUAGAGGAAUAUAAGAAUGAUCAAUUUGGAUUUAGAUAAGUAUAACAAUCUCCAAUAUAAUAACCAAAUUAAUAUUUAUUUUAAGGAUUUCGUUCUUAUUAAGAAGAGAUGCAACAAUAAUUUUAACAAACUCCUGUAUAAAUGUAUAUGGGUUAGUACUUUAAGAAUUACCCAUAAAAUUAUAAUCUUAUUUCUCCUUUUCCAUAACUCAAUCAAACUCCAAUGGUUUAUACACCUGCUUAAGCUAUGUAUAUGUAUAAUAAUAGCAAUCCUUAUAACAUGGGCAUGUCACCUCUUUUGAUUAGAAGUCCUUAUGCAGAGAAUUAAUCACCAAAUAUUGCACCAUAGUAAUAACAAACUUAAGCCUUUUGGUAAACUCCUCCAUAAUAUACAUCAAUGGACUAUUUGUAGAAUGAAUAAAAAAUGUCAAUGGUAAUAAUAAUAACAUUAUUAAUGUAGAAUAAAUUAGAAUUUCUAUAGUCUAAUAACUUAGUUGAUAAAUGGAAAUAGAAAAGAGUAAAUGAAAAAUAGAAUGCUUCUUUUCUGGAAUCCUUUUAAUCACUUGAUUAAUGA